CAUGAAGUUGAAUGUGAGAACAGAGCUGCCUUGCCUCUGAAGUCGAGCGACCGACCAUAGUGUUCACCGUCGACCAGUGACCGUCGACCACCGUCCACCACUCUCCCUCUCUCUCUCUCUCGAUUAGCGACCUUGUUGUUGUUGUUGGGACCUUGCUAUUUUCAUUCCUCUCUGUUUCUUCUUUAUUCUCCUUCUUCUCCAAUCAGACUCCCCAUCAGCGAUCUCCCUCAUCGCGACAACCAAAACUUAAUCGGCAUCCCUCUGGCGAACUCCGGCACUGGCAGCCCCACGGCAACAACCUCCACCGGCCAGUCCAGCUCCGGGAGUGUUGAAGGCAGCCUUGGUGUUGAUGACUUUGUACUUGGACUGCUACAUACUGGGUCAACGUGUGCCUACCUCUGUGACCGCCAUUCUCAACCUCUCCUCACCAUUCCCUGAGGUGUGUGUGCGUUCGUGCAGUGAAAGAGAUAAUAAUUUUAAGAAAGAGGGCAAUGUUUGAAGGGCUUGUUCGCCAACUGCUUGUGGGUUAUCUUGGCCAAUACAUUAAAGAUAUACAAAAGGAACAACUUAGGAUCAGCCUAUGGAAUGAAGAAGUAUUAUUGGAGAAUGUAGAACUGAUUCUUGAAGCUUUUGAUUAUCUCCAGCUGCCGUUUGCCCUAAAGCAAGGUCGAGUUGGGAGGUUAAGCAUCAAAAUUCCAUGGAGAAAGCUUGGCUGGGAUCCCAUUAUAAUUUCUAUAGAAGAUGUGUUUGUUUGGGCAUGCCGGCGGGAUGACCAAGAGUGGAGUAUGGAUGCAGUAGAAAGGAGAGAAUUUGCUGGAAAAAAAGCCAAACUUGCUGCAGCUGAGCUGGCAAAAUUGUCAAGACGUGUUUGUGAUAAUCAGGCUGGGGAAUCAUUUAUUUCAUACAUUACUGCAAAGAUUCUGGACAGUAUUCAAGUCUCCAUUAGAAAUGUCCAUGUCCUGUAUCGUGAUUUGCUGACUGACUCGGCAGAAACAGUACUUGGUGUAAAGUUUUCCAGCUUGACAAUAAUGAAGCAGAAUCUUCUUGGGUUUUCUAGUGGGAAGGUGAGAGGAGGUCAAGUAAACAAAAUUGUGGAGAUCCAAGGUUUGGAAGUUUAUUGCAGCACUUUCCAAGGAACCCUUGAUUUGAUGAGAGUAGACAUUUUUGGGGACUCCAAACUUUUGGAAAAUGCAAGGUUGGAAGGCAAUAAAUAUGACUAUAUAUUGGCCCCAGUUGAUUUAUCCAUCUCUCUAUUGGUGAGCAGAUCAGGAAAGCAUGAAAAUGAUUGUCCACAGUAUUCUAUCAAUGCCGAGCUAACGGGAUUGGUCUUGUCUUUGGAUGAGGUUCAAUUGCAACAGGUCCUAACACUAUGGGAUUAUUUAUGCAUAUGUCAAUUGAGGGAGAAAUAUGGAAGAUAUCGACCUUGGAGUAAUCCUUUAUCAAGUAAGCAUAGGGGUUGGCAAAAAGCAUGGUGGCACUAUGCUCAACAAUCUGUUCUAUCUGAUGUUCACAAAAAGUUGAAGAGAACAUCAUGGAAAUACCUUGGAGAACGAAUAGACCAUCGCCGCAAGUAUGUGAAAUUGUACAAGACCAAACUAAAGUGUCUUCGGGAAGAACAGGUUAUUGGCAAUGAUAUUCUUCAAGAGUUGGAGCAAAUGGAGAAGGAAUAUGAUAUAGAGGAUAUAUUAAAUUAUAGGUCUACUGCUGAGACUGAACUACAGGAGUUCCUAUUGAAUUCAAACUCCAGCUUGGUAGUGAGUGGUGCUUCACAUAAUGAUGAGCGUUCCUCUAGCAGAGCUCGAGGAUGGUUGAAUUGGCUGUCCCGUGGCAUGCUUGGUGCUGGAGGAACAGACGAUUCAAGCCAAUUUUCUGGUGUUGUUUCAGAUGAAGUUAUAAAGGAUAUUUAUGAAGCAACAGAGUUCCAGCCUGCACCUUUGCCUGAUGGGAUUUCUGCUGCAGAUGAUAUUAUCUUUUUCUCUGAAAUCAAAUUUCACAUUCAUCAAGUCUCUGCAACACUGUGGAACAUGAAGUUUGCCCGAGCAAUUGCUGAGUUAAUUUUUGAUGGAAUGUUUAUUGAGUGUAAGCUUCGGGAGGAAUCUGCGGUCAUUACGGCCUUAGUCAACAGUGGAAGGAUGAUUAAUCCGUGUAACAAGCAAGCUAUUUUGCUUGUGGGAAAGGCCAUUUUUGAGAAAGAUCUACUUGAAACUGAGAAAACUUCUGUAAGUAUCCAAGUUGAUACUUCGUCAGCAAACCAAGAUAUAAAAUUAUUGGUGAAGGUCAUGCUUCAGCCACUUGAAAUUACAUAUGAUUCAGAGUUUCUUCUGAAUGUCAUGGAGUUCUAUAAUGUGUUGGAAACCUUCAAAUUUCAACAUGAAAGGGUGAUGUUGUCUCUAAAUGGGAUUGAAGAUGUACACGCACGAUUAAUGUCAAAAACUGAAUAUAUUUUAUCAAGUCGUAAGAGGUGGAUUUGGAAUAUUAAUUCCUUGAAUGUUAAAAUAAAUAUCCCGUGGAGAAAUGCUAAUUCAGAACCAUAUGUGAUGGUACUUGAAAUGGGAGCUCUUUUCUUUGUGUCCAAACGUGAGUUUGGUUCUUCAGCUUCAGGUAUUGAAGACCAAUCAUAUGUCCAGAGGAACUUUACUAGUUCUAUUUGCACCGGUGAUAUUUCUAUGGGGAUCCAACUUGAAGAUCUCUGUGAUCACUUUGACAUUGAAGUAGAUGAUUUUGAGAUGAAGAUUAUAAUACCUGACCGACCUCAAACUAUCUAUGUUUUGUUGGAGAAAUUCUCUACUUCUAUCAAUUUGACAUUGUGUGUCAUCCUCGAUGAAUCAAUAUUGAAACAAUUGGAGGUUUAUAUUAUUACACCGUCACUUCAUGCACACUUCUCUCCAUCAAUAUACGGUGUAGUUCUGGGGUUGCUUGCAAAUUUAGAUUUGCUGCUCUCAAAGCGGAACUCAGUUGUUUUUCCAAAUGAAAAUUCAUUUAGUAUCAUGUCAGGUGAACAGACAACUCCAAAAGCUUUUCGUUCCUCCAUCAUUGCGGAUGUGGAAUCAGUCAGUUUUCAUAUUGACCUUGAAAAUGAUAAAGAAAAUAGCUGCAUCCUUUUGCUCAAUCUGCACAAACUAGAUAUUAGGUAUGUUUUAAUGGAGUUGCAGGAGUGCUGGAUCUCUAUGAAGGCAUUUAAAAUAAUCACUUAUUUAUUGGAAGGUGAUAAAGAUGGCCAAAUUCUAUGCUCAUCUGGAAAUCCUUUUUCUGUCCAGUAUGUACAGCAGCAAGACAGAGAUUUUGAACAUAGUAAUCAAAGUGAAAAUUGUAGAGACAAAAGCACAUCUGCUGAUGGAUGUGUUCGUUUACAUUAUGAAGAAUGCAGGAAUCUGGACAUAAUUUUUCACAAGUAUGAAGUAUGCCUUAGUGAUGUUGAGCUUCACUGCUAUCCAUAUAUAGUCAGAUUGCUGGUUGAAUUUUCUGAUAAAAUUCUUCGGUAUGGUACAUCUCAUGCUGUCAAGAAUUCAUUUAGCGCUUCUAUGAAUGGUGAAAAUUCGAUAGCAAUUCAGUGUUUUGGCUUUGAAAAGUUUGGUUCCUCAAACUUCUCUGAAACUGGUUCCUCUGAAUGGGCAAACAUUCCAUUGGACCGCUUUCCAUUUGUUACUGUUUACAACUUUGGUUGUCUUAGUGAUCUUGAGAGUUCACUUAUUCGCACCAUUCCCGAGUGGAGGAAAAUUUUAAAAUUGAGGGAAAGAAAAGAUGGAAGUCCUAAAUUCAGUGUGAGAGGAUCCAAAAUGUCUUGUGCCUUGCCAUUGAAUUCUGGAAUUGGUAAAGAUGCCGUGACUGUGUCACAGAAUUUGGUUGGUUCUGAUGUACUAGUAGAUUUAAAUCUCAGCAGAAUCAGGAUACAUUUUCAUGAUUGCUCGUGUAUUAUUGGAACUAUAUUUCUACCUACCUCAAAAUCUUCACUCUCAAUCCGCGGAGACUGUUUGGAUAUGUUGUGUUCCACUGAGGGAUUGAGUCUCUGUUCAUCUUGGUGGACUCACAAUAUCCAUGACUUUUUGUGGGGUCCCUUAUUAACAAAUCUUCCUCCUAUUUUAAAUGUGAGGGUAAGGAAACAAAAAGAUGGACCAUUGAAGUCCCAGAUUGAAAUAAGCUUCAGCAUUCAGCAUGUGUCUUGCAUUUUACCUCCUGAUUUUGUGGCCAUAAUGAUUGGUUAUUUUGAGUUACCUGAUUGGUGCUCCAAGGGAAAUGAGCAGCAUGUCACAGAAAAUCCUAGGUAUAGGGGCUCAGAGCAAGACAGUGUGAUUACUUAUAAGUUUGAGAUACUGGAUUCCACUUUGUUUACACCUGUGGAGGGUGAUGACCAUAAGUUUUUAAAGCUUGAAAUUCCACAGUCAUACUGUAGUUUCAUCCAUAACAGCUGUUCAAAUAUUGUGUUGAAGGACAUUCCUCCUGAAUGUUUGGUUGCAGCAAACAAAAUUGCGGAGAGAAAUCAUUGUUUGAAUGUAUUUGUACGGGAUUUAUCACUAUCGCUUCUGCUGUUAAAUGAUGAUGAAUUUGAUUCCUCAGUGGUUGAUCAAAACAGGGGACAUGGAUAUACCACCUUUAUCGCACAAUUCAGUGCUAAUGUAUGGGUCAGAAUACCGUACAUAAAUGACUCCUCUUGUGUUAGUUCUCUUGCUUCAACAUGUGUUAUGGCUAGGGUUGACAAUUGCCAACUUAUUGCUAAAGAUGGCUACAGUUUUGUUGGAUUUGAAACACUACUGGACAUCAUAGAUCAGUUCAACUCUGUUGAUAGAAUAUCUAAAGGUUUCACAUCUGAUGUUCUACAGUUUCUUCAGUUCAAGAAGAGUAUAAAAGAGAGUGGUGCAUUUGAACCUGAAGCCUCGACUGUGGCCGUCACAGAAACUAGAUGUUGUGUCAAUUCAUUGUCAAUUAAUUUCUAUCGCCCAAGAAGCGAUUUGGUCUCCUUGGAAUUGCUUGCUAGGGCUGAUAUGCAAUUUAUAUGCUCUGGUUCGAUUAAAAAUGAAAAAUCCCUGUUCCUUGAUGUUUCUUUCCAUUCGCUAGCAUUGUUUUCACAGCUCAAUUAUUUUAUGUUAGCAGAAUGCACAUCUUCUUGCCCAAUCUCAUCAGUCAUUGACAUUCAUCUUUCAAUGUCAGAGCAAGAGGAAAAUGAGCUUCAUGUUUCCCUCCCUUCCCUAGAUAUUUGGUUACAUUUGUUUGACUGGACUGAGCUCAUCGACUUGUUCAGUUCUUACCUUGGACAACUGGCCAAAACUUCAAUUGUGGAUGCAUCACUAAAGAAUUCAAUGUUGGGUCUAGUGGAUCAAAAUGAAAAUGUGACUGUUAAUGUUGCAGAAAGUUCUCCUCAAUCUUCAGGUACAUCAAGCUGUUUUGCAUCAGAAAACAUGAAGCAGAAUGCUGUUCCCCUUAUUGUGAAGUCAGAAAAUAUAGGCAUAAAGAUUCAUAUCCCAGCCUGGAUCAGCAGAGAGGCAUUUAGCAUAUUUGGGGAGGCCCAAGUUCCGGAGGAGAGGCCGCUCAAUGAUUCAUGUGACAUAGACGAAGGAGUUCGCUACAAUUUUAUUGCACUUACUUUGCAGAGUAGACGUAGCGAGCUGGUUUUUAGUAGCAGAACUGUAAAAAUAAAGUCAAGCUUGGAAAAAAUAAAUGGAACAGUGGGCAUAUGUGUCGGCAAGACAUCCCCCUCAUGGCCUUUUUUCCAGUUUUCUCAAUUUAAUGUUGAGGCUGAAUUUCAUAAGAAUCAACUAGACCUCGCAGAUGUCAAUGUGGAGGUUCAAUGUGAUAGUCUAGAUAUGUGGCUUUCAUAUCACAUAUUCUACUUCUGGAAAAGUAUGAGAUUUAAAUUUCCUGAAGGAGGGUCUGAUAAAGAUACUCUUAGUAGUGUUGAUCUCAACAUCAAACUGAAGAAGAUUUCGCUUCUGUUGACUGAUGGAAGGUGGAGCUCUAAAGGGCCUCUGUUGGAAAUUCUUAUGAGCAAUUUACUUUGGCAUGUUCACAUGGCUGAGAACAAAUUGGAGGGCUCUGUUGCGGGUGACCUACAGAUAAACUACAAUAACAUUCACAAGGUCUUGUGGGAGCCUUUUGUAGAGCCUUGGAAAUUUCAGUUGAAUAUUACCAGAGUACAUGAGAAGAGUGCUCUACUAAACAGUGCUUUCAUGACGGAUAUCCAUCUCACAUCCACAGCACAGCUUAACUUGAAUGUUACAGAGUCCCUUAUUGAGGCCAUUUUCAGGGCAACUGAAAUGAUUAAGGAUGCUUGUGGUGUGACGGAGCGCAAGGUCGUUUCUGAAAGCCAAAGAUUGUUAAAUUCGCAGAUUUUUGAAAAUAUUUAUACAGGAAGAUAUGCUCCAUAUAUUCUUCAAAAUUUGACCUCCUUGCCUCUUGUAUUUCAUGUUUGUCGAGGGCCAAUAUGUGCCGAUGAUAGGGGUAUCUCAGUGUUGGAAGAUGGAACUUUUGUGCAUCCAGGUUCUUCUAUCCCAGUUUAUAUUAAUGAUGAUGACACUCCUGAGGAACAACUCCUCCGCUAUAGGCCUGCUCAUUCUUCUGACAGACUCAGUGACAAACAAUUGAGUGGGGUGGCACAUAAUUAUAUUGUUAUUCAAUUUGAUGGGACAUCUAUGCCUUCGACUCCUAUUUCAAUGGAUCUUGUAGGUCUUAGCUACUUUGAGGUGGAUUUUUCAAAGUCAUCAAAUAAAAUAGAGGUUGACAAUAAUGGGGAUGCUUCAAAAGGCAACAAACACAUUGAUGAUGCCAACCGAACAGAUUCAAAAGUUGGUUUUGUCAUUCCCGUAGUAUGUGAUGUUUCAGUACAACGGUAUUGUAAGUUGCUGCGUUUGUACUCAACGGUUAUAUUCUUUAAUGCAACUUCAAUGCCAUUUGAGUUGCGGUUUGAUAUUCCUUUCGGUGUAUCUCCAAAGAUCCUAGAUCCAAUAUAUCCUGGUCAGGAGUUUCCUCUGCCUCUACAUUUGGCUGAAGCUGGCCGUGUGAGGUGGCGUCCACUUGGUCAGAAUUACCUAUGGAGUGAAGCUCAUAAUAUCUCAAAUAUUCUUUCACAGGAGAGUAGGGUUGGACUUUUGCGUUCCUUUGUUUGCUAUCCAUCUCAUCUAAGCAGCAAUCCAUUUCGUUGCUGCAUCUCAGUGCAACAGAUGUGCUUCCCUUCAACUGGCAAGCCAGAGCAGUGUUCAGCAAUUGACAUUAAUAGAACUGUGAAACAAUCAGUUGAAAAUUGUGGCCAAUUCUCGCAUAAUCUGGACAAGUCGGAGAAACAUUUUAUUCACCAAGUAAUAUUAAGCAGUCCAUUGGUAGUGAGAAAUUAUCUUCCAAAGGAAAUAUCAUUAAAAAUAGAAAGUUUUGGGGUUACACGUACUGCAUUACUUUCAGAGGCAGAAACUUCCUUUUUCCAUGUUGAUUCUUCACAUGACCUUGGAGUAAUUUUCCAUGUGCAUGGAUUUAGACCUUCGAUUCUGAAAUUCCCACGUGCAGAAACAUUUAGUGGAAUUGCCAAGUUCAGUGGAACAAAGUUCUCUCUAUCUGAAAUGAUUGCCUUUGAUCCUGAUUUAUGUGAUGGUCCUAUGAAUGUUACUGUGGAAAAAGUGAUGGAUGCAUUUUCCGGGGCUCGUGAAAUAUGCAUUUUUGUUCCAUAUUUGUUAUAUAAUUGUACUGGUUUUCCAUUAAUUAUUUCGGACUGUGCUAAUGAUAUGAAAGGGCAUGGAUGUGUCAUUCCUUCCUGUUAUGAUUUGGUAGAGAAGGACCGUCUUCUAGGCAGGAAAGAUGGUCUGGGUCUUCUAUCUUCCAGCCAAGACUCGCAAGUGGCAGAAUCACCCUAUGAUGGUUUGAGAAAUUGUUCCUCGAUGAAUCGCAUUUUCUCAACUAAGAAAAACAUAGAUCCAUACUUGGGGAAUCUUUCAAAAAAACCCUUCAUCUCUGGUUCAUCUAUAAUAUCUCUUGAGAGUUCAGAUAAACAUGAUUUAGAUGCCCAAAAUGCUGCAUUGAACAGGUUGAGUUCAAGCAUUCAAUCAAAUUUAGAGCACUCCAAUUUGGAAGAAAUAGAGUGUAGAAAGGUUGAGGCUUGCAUGUAUUCUCCAGAUCCUAAUUCCUCGGUCGCUGAUGUCAUGGUCAGAGUAAGUCGUUAUCUACCUGAAUGUGUCACUGAAAAAAUGCCAAAGAGUUCUUGGUCAAGCCCAUUUUUUCUUGUUCAACCAACUGGUUCAACAAAUGUUCUUGUUCCUCAACUAUCUACAAAUGCUGCAUAUGUAAUAUCUGUCAGUUCAAGUGCAGUUGCUGGACCAUUUUCUGGUAGGACAAGAGCCAUCACUUUCCAACCCAGAUACAUAAUAAGUAAUGCAUGCUGCAAGGACUUGUGUUAUAAGCAGAAGGGAACGGAUUCUAUUUUCCAUUUGGGAAUCGGAAAACAUUCUCAUCUUCAGUGGACAGAUAGAACAAGGGAAUUACUAGUUUCAAUUCGUUUCAAUGAACCUGGAUGGCAAUGGUCAGGAUGCUUUUUACCAGAUCAUCUGGGUGAUACUCAGGUGAAAAUGCGGAAUCAUGUUUCUGGUGCAGUCAGUAUGAUACGUGUGGAAGUGCAGAAUGCUGACGUUUCCAUUCAAGAUGAAAAGAUUGUUGGUAGCCUCCGUGGAAAUUCUGGGACAAACUUAAUUAUGUUAUCCGAUGAUGAUACAGGCUUUAUGCCAUACAGAAUUGAUAAUUUCUCAAUGGAGAGGGUACGAGUUUAUCAACAAAGGGGUGAAACUUUUGAAACAAUUAUUCAGUCUUACACCUCUUGCCCUUAUGCUUGGGAUGAACCAUGCUACCCACAUCGUCUCACAGUUGAGGUGCCUGGAGAGCGUAUUGUGGGGUCAUACACUCUUGAUGAUGUGAAAGAAUACACGCCUGUUUGCUUACCUUCAACUUCUGAGAAGCCUGAAAGAACCUUGUUUGUCUCUGUCCAUGCUGAAGGAGCAAUAAAGGUGCUCAGCAUAAUUGAUUCAGGUCACCAUGUUGUGAAUGAUGCAAAGGAUCCACGUGUCCCCCAGUUCAAAGAAAAAAGAAAACAUGAUCAGAAACAGGAAACUUCUAUUGAUUUCACAGAAAAGAUAUCAAUUGCUAUUCCUUUUAUUGGAAUCUCCUUGAUGAAUUCUCAUCCACAGGAACUGCUUUUUGCAUGUGCAAAGAACACAAGGAUUGAUGUGCUCCAGAGUCUGGAUCAACAGAAGUUUUCCUUCCAAAUCUCAUCCUUGCAAAUUGAUAACCAGUUGCCCAGUACACCAUACCCUGUUAUCCUGUCUUUUGAUCGUGAAUACAGAACCAACCUGGUGGGCCAGAGAAGAAACAGAGAUGAUAACACAAAGACGAAAAGUGAAAGUCUGAUGCAAAUUACUUCUGACAGUCUGUGUGACCCUGUAUUCUUCUUAGCUGCAGCAAAGUGGAGGAACAGAGAUGUUUCAUUGGUUUCAUUUGAAUAUAUAAGCUUGAGACUGACAGAUUUCCACCUUGAGCUUGAGCAAGAAGUCAUACUAGGAUUAUUUGAUUUCUUUAGAACCAUAUCUUCAAGGUCCCAGGUUGGAUUCCUGACAUUUAUGGAUUCUACAUUGCAUCCCGUUACGUCUGAUCUGGGUUUCAUAAAGGAGUCUCCUGAACACACUGAAGUUCAGAAGUAUGUUCAACUGAAUGGGGUUCGAUCCCAUCCAACAAAUGGAAAUCAAUUUUUUGAAAAUCGCAAAAGUGGUCAUUUGCUUCCUUCAGUGGUUCCGAUUGGAGCACCUUGGCAGCAAAUUUACCUCUUAGCCAGAAGACAGAAGAAAAUAUAUGUUGAAAUGUUUGAUUUGGCCCCAAUUAAGUUGACGUUAAGCUUUUCCAGCACUCCUUGGACACUUAGAAAUGGGGUUCUGACAUCGGGAGAAUCUCUUAUCCAUAGAGGUCUUAUGGCUCUUGCUGAUGUUGAGGGAGCACAAAUUCACCUCAGACAAUUGAGCAUUACACAUCAUAUGGCUAGCUGGGAAUCCAUUCAGGAGAUCAUUACAAGGCAUUAUACUCGCCAACUUCUUCAUGAAAUGUACAAGGUGUUUGGUUCUGCUGGUGUUAUUGGAAACCCAAUGGGAUUUGCAAGGAGUGUGGGAAUCGGCAUCAAAGAUUUCUUGUCAGUUCCUGCCCGGAGUAUUUUUCAGAGCCCCGCUGGACUUAUUACAGGCAUGGCACAAGGAACAACUAGUCUUCUAAGUAACACAGUCUAUGCCAUAAGUGAUACUGCCACUCAAUUUAGCAGGGCUGCCCACAAGGGUAUCGUGGCAUUUACUUUUGAUGCCCAAGCCGUUGCAGGAAUGGAAAAGCAACAGACUGGUAUAUCCUCACACAGCAAAGGCGUGAUAAAUGAAUUCUUAGAGGGACUCACCGGUCUCCUCCAAUCACCAAUUAAAGGAGCUGAGAAACAUGGCUUGCCUGGAGUCCUCUCAGGUGUAGCCCUAGGAAUAACGGGACUUGUAGCCAGACCAGCAGCGAGUAUCCUUGAGGUCACUGGGAAAACCGCACAAAGUAUCAGAAACCGAAGCAAGCUCUAUCACAUGGGACCUCAGCGCUUACGGGUCCGCCUCCCUAGACCUGUAAAUAGGGAACUUCCCUUGAGGCCUUACUCUUGGGAAGAAGCAAUUGGGUCAUCUGUACUAGCCGAGGCCGACAAUGGCUUGAAGCUGAAAGACGAACACUUAAUUAUGUGCAAGGCACUUAAACAGGGUGGUAAAUUUGUACUCAUCACAGAGAGACUCAUCUUGAUCGUUGAUUGUGUCAGCUUGGUAAAUUUGGGUAAACCCGAGUUUCGAGGCGUUCCUGCUAAUCCAGAGUGGGUAAUAGAAGCGGAUAUUGGAAUUGAUACUGUAAUCCAUGCUGAUACGUCUGAAGGAGUAGUACACAUUGUUGGUAGCAGUUCAGAUCCAUUGUUGAGGCAAAAUCAGCACCAGUUUAAAAGAGGGAGCGGGGCAAGGGCAAAGCGGUGGAACAAUCCUCCUACUUCGCUCCCACUUUAUCAGACUAACUUGGAAUUCGCACGGAAUGAAGAGGCUGAAGAGCUUUUACAAGUUUUGUUGUCUGCAAUUGAACAGGGAAAGGAGCGUGGUUGGGGAUGUGUGCAAAUUCUGCAUCAAUGUAAUCUCAGGUAGAUUAUAUUAGGGUUGUGUUGUGUACAUAAACACUUUGUGUUGUUCACUUACAAUAGAAGGUGGAGAAAAAGAGCCAAAAAAAGAAGAAAAAAAAUGGGGUCCCAAAAGCUUGUAAAUAUAAUUCUCUUGUAUAUGUCAUGUACAUACAUUUAUAGAGGUAUUCUUUUUGUAAUUUUGACUUUUGGUAAAGUGAUUAGCAAUCUAAUCUUCACAGAUGAACUCAACUUCAA